CGCCGAGGACGUUUGAGUGACAGCGGCGGCGGCGGUGGCGUGAGGUGGGAGCCGGGGCGCUGCGCGAUGUAUCGCUGGAUUGUUACGUUGUGGGGCUGCUGGGCAGUGCUAGAUGCCAAGCCUUUGACUGUUCCGUCAUUUGGGGAAAUUUACCAUGUUUCAGGGAUUCUAUCACUGCCCUACACGGAGAUUGAAGAACCAUUCGAAGCUUGGUACAACUUGUCCGGCAAUGUCAGUCGCAUUGAGUACUAUAAAGGCCAGGUUAUCACCUUACAACACGGAUUCGAAAAGCCGGCCGGAAUAAGUUACAAGAUUUCUCCCGAGACCACAGAAACUGAGAUAAAUGUGAUCAAGUGUUUCCAAGUGAACGGGACCAUUAACGACCCCGUCCUCCCGCAGUCGGUAUUUCCGUAUCUGGAAAGUUUUCGGCUGCUAAAGGAGGGCGACUGGAAGGGACGACCGUGCAGUGUGUGGCAGUAUGUUGCUUUCGAGGGGAAGAAAAAGAACACGUACACUAUGUGGGUUGCCAAUUCCACAGUUGGUCCCGUUCCUGUCCAUUAUGAAAUGAAAGGAUACAACACCUUGUUUGGCUCGCAUUACGACAAAUAUGAAGUAGACUACAAAGACCUGGACCGUAAUGUAGACCCAAGUAUUUUCAAACUUCCGAAAGGUUUAUCCUGUGAGGGUUUCCCAGGACCUGGAGUGGAACACAGAAUCCUUGCCAACCCCAUCGAAGAUUUGGUCAGCACGGAUAAGGAAGACCGGGCUCAUCACUUCUUCAAGCAUUACAAGGAGAGGUUUGCGAGGGAGUACAAGGAAGAUGACGUGGAACAUGAGCUUAGAAGGACUACUUUCACUCACAAUAUGAGGUACGUCCACUCAAUGAACAGUCAGAACCUGACCUACAAAAUGGCUAUCAACCACUUUGCCGACCGGACUGAAAAAGAGGUGAUAGCUGUCCGGGGAAGACUGAGGAGAAGCACUCCCAACAAAGGACAGCCCUUCCCUACACACCGAUAUAAAUCAGUCCUGCUGCCGGCCAGCCUGGACUGGAGAUUGUAUGGUGCAGUGACCCCUGUGAAAGAUCAAGCUGUCUGUGGCUCCUGCUGGAGUUUUGGUACCACAGGUGCGGUAGAAGGGGCCUUGUUUCUGAAGAUGGGAAACUUGAUCCCACUCUCACAGCAAAUGCUGAUGGAUUGUUCCUGGGGCUUCGGAAAUCUCGCCUGUGAUGGAGGAGAGGAAUGGCGUGCGUUUGAGUGGAUCAUGAAGCACGGUGGAAUUUCAACCACAGACUCGUACGGCUCUUACUUGGGACAGAAUGGAUUCUGUCACUAUAACCAGUCCACAAUGAUGGCAAAGAUGAAGAGCUAUACGAAUGUUACUUCCGGAAGCAUUAAAGCUUUAAAGUUGGCCCUCUUUAAAAAUGGUCCAGUGGCCGUUGGAAUUGACGCAUCUCACAAGUCCUUUCUAUUUUACAGCAACGGGGUUUAUUAUGAACCACAAUGUAAAAACCAGCUGGAUGACCUGGACCACGCCGUGCUUGCUGUUGGAUAUGGAAAACUUGAUGGUGAGGCAUAUUGGCUGAUUAAAAAUUCCUGGUCAACAUACUGGGGUAACAGUGGCUACGUGUUGAUGUCCAUGAAGGAGAAUAACUGUGGAGUUACGACAGAUGCAACAUAUGUCACACUAGAAUGAAUGCUCACGUUUACUUUUAUGGAUUUGCAUUUUUGGUGUAUAGUGUUUUAAAUAAUUGUUUUUAAAUUUGUACUGAACAUUCUUCGGGGGAAAAAUUCUAUACAUAAAAUUCAAUACAAUUCAAGUUUAAUUGUUAUACUACCUUACAGGAAUACAGCCAAAUGAGACAGCGUUACUCUGGGGUCAAAGUCCAAAACACAGUACCAACGAUCAUCCACAGCAUAAAGCACACACACGAUAGCCAGCACAAUUGGUAUCACAAUCACGCAAUAAAAGUCCAAAACGAACACAUGGUUGGGACUCUGAAUUCAGCUUGGACACCCAGCCACACCAAUCCUGACCACGCCCCACCCCCCCCACUGGUGACACCGCGGCUUGAAACCCAGACCUCGCAUAUACAAGAUAAACAAGUAUAUAUACAAAAUACAACCGCAAAAAAAUGUACGUAUAUAGUCCAGACCCUCUGGUCCAUUGAAAUCUCCAGUUGACUACAAAAAGCUCGUCUUCUGCCAAGUGAACACCAAGAGGUGGGAGGCAGCACUGACUCCAAAACUCGUAGAGUUAAUCAGUACAUAGCCCCAACACUGUAACUUGUUUUGCUGUGGUAAUUUAAUAUUUUGAUCCUUUUUUUAAAAGACUCUGACUUAUUGAAAUGUUAAUAUUGGUGCAAGGUGUACUUAACUGAAUUUGAAUCCAUGUUGAAAGUUUAAAAACAAAUAAAAUUUCUGGAAAUGG